UUGAGAGAGAGCGUUGUUGUUGCAGAGAAAAAGAAAAAUAGAUGGCUUUAGAAGCUGUUGUGUUUCAGCAAGAUCCGUUUAGCUAUGGGUGCAGAGAUUUUCACGGUAUGGAGGGAUGGGAUUGCUAUGGCGGUUUUGGGUUUGAAGAUGAUGAUGAGAGGAAGUUGAAUUAUUGCGAUGCAUUUACGGAGCAAGUUGGUUCGAAUGGUGGGUAUUACUGUUGGGAUUAUUCGUCUCCUCCUGUUUCUGCGGCGAAUACUUCGUCGCCGGAAGUUUGUGCGGCCGCCGGGAACGGGUUGAUGGAUCCACCGCCGGCGGCGGCGCCGGUGACUCGACGGAAGAGAAGGCGCGCCAAAUGCUCCAAGAACAAGGAAGAAAUAGAGAACCAAAGGAUGACCCAUAUUGAGGUUGAGAGAAACCGCCGCCGCCAAAUGAACGACUACCUCGCCGUCCUCCGCUCCAUGAUGCCGCCGUCAUACGCUCAAAGGGGUGACCAAGCAUCAAUUGUUGGAGGAGCCAUAAAUUUUGUGAAAGAGCUAGAGCAACUCUCUCAAUUCUUGGAAGCUCACAAGCUGGUGAAAAAUCUGCCAUAUAACAACGCAACCAAGACUUCAACAUCAUCAUCAUCUCUCCCCUUCUCCACCUUCUUCCAUUUCCCUCAGUACUCAACCUCAGCCACCCGGAACCACGUGGCCGCCUCCGACAAGGCGGCGGCCGAGAAGUGCUCUGCCGUAGCCGACAUCGAAGUCGCCAUGGUAGACGACCACGCAAAUGUGAAGGUAUUAUCAAGAAAACGCCCAAAACAACUAUUGAAGAUGGUCACUUGGUUUCAUGCUAUGUCCCUCACAAUUCUCCACCUAAAUGCUACCACAAUUGAUCACAUGGUGCUCUACUCUUUCAGCCUAAAGGUUGAGGAAGAGUGUCGGCUGAGUACAGUGAAGGAGAUUGCCAGUUCUGUGCAUGAAAUGGUUGCCAUGAUUGAACAAGAGAACCAGUAAUGAUCUCAGAAGUCCCACUGUAACAUGGGGACCCAGAAAGAGAAAUAUAUAAAAUUAAAAGAAUAUUCUAAAAAUUGUAAAAUUAUUCUUGGUCGCAUUGUCAAAUCAACGCUACUUUAUGCUUUAAAUUGAUCUCAUCAUCAUAUGUAAUGUUUAUUA